AUGUCUUCUCCAAAGCAAUCGUUUGACAUCGAGAUGGUUGAAAACCAUCCCGGUCCUUCUCUCGCUGGUCUAUCAGAUGAUGAACUUCUCAUUGAGAAGAGGCUCGUUCAGAAGAUCGACUACAGGCUCCUCCCAACCACGGCGCUAAUCUAUCUGCUGUGUUAUCUCGAUCGAUCAAACAUCGGAAACGCCCGCAUCCUCAAUGCCGACACUGGAGACGACAUCAUGGAGACUCUGGGACUAACCUCUCACGAGUAUAUCAUAGCACUUAUGCUGUUUCUCAUUGCAUAUUCUCUCUUCGAGGCUCCCAGUAAUCUAGCUCUCAAGAUCCUUUCCCCUAACAAAUGGCUUGGGUUUCUCGUCUUUGUCUUUGGCGUCUUCUGCAUGGGUAUCGGAGGCGCCCAAAACUAUCACACCGUCGGUGCGUUGCGAUUCUUUCUCGGAGCGGCCGAAGCUGGUGUUUUCCCUGGUAUGGUCUACUACCUGAGUUUCUGGUACAAGCCUCAAGAACGGGCAUUGCGAAUUGCCGCCUUCGUGUGCAGUGCCAGCCUAGCGGGAGCGUUCGGCGGUUGCAUUGCGUAUGGCGUGGGAUUUAUGAACCGUGCCGGUGGCUUGCAAGCAUGGCGUUGGCUUUUCAUCCUUGAGGGUGCUCCGUCAGUUAUUGUCGGCGUCGGCGUUUUUUGCUUUCUCCCCAGCUACCCGGAGCAGUGUCGCUGGCUCUCCCAGGAAGAACAGGCUCUUCAACGCAAGAGACUCGGCGAGGUGGGAUCCAGCAAGCAAAAGAUUACGUGGGUUGAUGCCAAAGCAACCCUUCUCGAUCUCAGGCUGUACGCUCAUUAUCUGGCAUAUGUGGGAAUCGGCUGCUUAAUCGGCUCCUUGUCUCUUUUCGCGCCUACUAUUGUCUUAGGUCUGGGAUUCGAAGGACUGCGGGCACAGUUGUUUACUGUCCCUCCAUAUGCAGCCGCCUUCCUGACGACGAUAACCGCCUCGUUCCUCUCUGAUCGCUUCAACACACGCGGUCUUAUCGUGGGGUCUUCGCUAAGCAUAUGCUUUUUAGCAUUCACCAUAUUAGCUGCUCUCCCCGAUGAGCAUUUCGUUGCCAGAUAUGUACUCUUAAUUAUCGGGACAUGCGGAGCUUUCAGUGGCCUUCCCACCGUAAACGCAUGGAUCGGCGACAAUAUGACAAACACCACUGCUAUGUCACUAGCCACGGCCAUUAAUAUCGCCUUCUCUGGCCCUGGUCAGAUCAUCGGCGUCUGGAUCUACCGUCCAGUGGACAAGCCUCUGUACAGCCUUGGUCAUGGAGUCAAUGCAGGAUUUGCGGCUCUCUCGGCGUCAUUGUGCUUCGGACUGACUCUCUAUUAUCGACGGCUGAACAGCAGGGGACAGUUGAGAGCAGAUGGGCUCCCUUGGAUUGCUUGA